UAAAAACCAGGCGCGCAAUCAUUGGCACCGGAGCACCCUGUUGAUGGUGGGCAACCACCACACAAAAAUAUGCAGGACAUUCGGGUAACCGGUUGUUUACAAUUGUGGGGCAACUAUCAUGUGGUGAAUAUGGUGUGACCCACAGGGGCAACUGAAUGAAAAAAUUUUCUUAUUGGUGGGAAACGGAAAUCGGAAUUCGGCUUCUGCCAGUCAAGCAAUAACGGCACUUUAUGUACCAUAAUAUAAAAGGUAUUGAAUUUGAAAAUGUGAAAGGUUUACUGCUGAACUAGAAUGAAAAUCCAGGUAUUUCAAAUACAACUAAAGACAGUUAAAUACAAUUAUACAUUGUAGAUAAUGUCCAUAAUAAUGUAUGUACAUAUGUAUUAAAAAAUGUUAAUUUGUUAGUGUCAAUAGAGAUCUCUCAUGGCGAUGUAGGCCGCUCUCAGUGAGCCUAUCUCCAAACAACUUGAAGUGCUUCGGAGCACGACUGCUAAAAGCAAUCACAGAGAGUGUUGAGAUAGGUAGAAUUAUGAAUGAGGAAAGCAGCAAUCACUCGGUGAGCUGUAGUUAGUUCAAAGCUGUGAAUACAAUCGAAUACAGCUGUUUUAAAGUAUGUAUCAACGCGAGCAAAUACUUCUCUGAUAAGAUUUGAUUUUGCUAAUAAAGGUAGCAAGGCAGUAAUUCAAUUGUUCAGAUAUCAAUGUGAAGCCAAAUGAAUAGUUCAAGUCAAUAUAUAAAUUAAAAAACUUCGCUUCGCAAAUGCAGAGCGUAGUAAGCAGUGAAAAAUAAAAUAAAUUAACCGAAACAAAACCGCAAAAAAGAAAAUUUAAUUUUACAACCAAAGCAAAAUUACGCGUGCAACAAUAAUUGGCUGCCGUUAGCAAAAUGGAUCAGCAGCGCCGCAUAGUCUGCGUCGGUAUGUGCGUGCUAGAUGUCAUACAUGUCGUGGAUCAUUACCCUGUCGAAGAUACCGAUAAACGUUGUGUAACUGGCUAUUGGCAGCGUGGUGGCAAUGCUUCCAACAACUGCAGUGUACUACAGCAAUUAGGCGGCGCUCAUGUCGAAUUUUUGGGUAUGCUAAGCGCUUCGCCGGCCUUUGGUUUCCUUUGCGAAGAUUGUCACAAGUAUGGAAUAGCUAUUGAAAAUUGUCCAAAAACUGAAAAGGAUCCACCGUUCUCAUCGGUCAUACUCAACAAUGAGACUGGUUCGCGCACAAUCAUUCAUUCCAAUCCCGAAUUUCCACUGUUGGAAUAUAAGCAUCUUGCACAACUGAAAUUGAGCAACUAUGGCUGGGUUCAUCUCGAAGGUCGCAAUCCUGAGUCUGUUUUGCAAUUCAUAAAGGAUAUUCGCAACUAUAAUAAAGAGAUGAAAAACACUAUAAAUCAAAUUAGAAUAUCAGUCGAAUUGGAAAAAAUUAAGGACGAAAUACUUAUUUUGGGUGAGUCAGCUGACAUUGUCUUUCUAGGCAAAGACUUGGCAACUUACUUGGGUUGGAACCAGCCAGAAGAGGCAGUAAUGGGUUUAUAUGACAAAUUCAAACCCCAGGCAGAAUUGAAUAAUUCUAAACCAGCAAUUAUAUGCCCGUGGGGUGCUGAGGGUGCUGGUUGUGUGGAUGCGCAGGGCAAUUACUGUUUUGUACCUUCAAAAAAAGUACCUCUGAUAGUAGACUCGUUGGGCGCUGGUGAUACUUUCUGCGCUGGAGUCAUACAUGCGUUGCAAGUGCUCAAUAAAAGUUUGCCUGAGGCUGUACAGAUCGGGCACUCCGUCGCGGGUUACAAACUGGGACACCGUGGUUACGAUAACAUAAAGAACUUUUGGCAGGAUCAGCGAGAAAAUUCAAAAUAAAAAAGGCGAAUCUAUACAAGGUGAUCGGAAGAAAAAAACAAACCAGCUGUUCUACUGGUAUCAGAUUCUAUGGAUGUGUCUAAUGCAAUACGAUACACAACUAUGAUGGGAAAAAUACACAACUAUGAUUAAAAAAUUCACCUCAGGAGACAUUUUUUACGCACGUGCAUAUACCUACAGUAUAACGUUUAAAACGUAUCAUUCGUAUUUAAAUGUUUAACUUAAGGAAUACCUUGAGCC